AAUUUUUAACCCCUUGUAUGGCUUUGAUUGUCGAUCAACAAUCAAACUUCAAGCACUUUUGUAAAAUUUGCAAGAAAGGUUUCGGCUGCGGUAGAGCUCUAGGAGGCCACAUGAGGGCUCAUGGAAUUGGCGACGAGAAUGGUCAUAUGGACGAUGAAGAUCCUGCCAGCGAUUGGGAAGAUAAAUUAGGAGGGAAUGUGCCACCUAGCAACAAGCGGAUGUAUGCAUUAAGAGCCAAUCCCAAUCGAUUUAAGAGUUGUCGUGCUUGUGAAAAUUGUGGCAAGGAAUUUUUAUCAUGGAAAUCCUUUCUUGAACACGGUAAAUGCAGCUCCGAAGAUGCCGAGUCGCUUGUUUCCUCUCCAGGAUCCGAUGGCGAGGACGGGACACCAAGGAGAGGAUGCGGUUGGUCUAAAAGAAAAAGAUCAUUGAGAGCUAAAGUGGGCAAUUUUAACUCAAAUUGCCCUUCCAGCGAAGAGGAAGAUCUCGCAAAUUGCCUUAUGAUGUUAUCUAAUGCAGCUUUUGACCCUCUAGCAGCCGAACCAGAGGAGUCAUGUGCCUCGGCUAGCAAAGAAGAGGAGAGAAGAAAUCCGAUGAAUUUUAUAGCUCCGAUGGCUUAUAGGGCACCCAUAGACAAGGCCAAAGGAGUUGCUAAAGGAAUGUUCGAAUGCAAAGCAUGCAAGAAAGUUUUCAAUUCCCAUCAAGCAUUAGGCGGACAUAGAGCUAGUCACAAGAAGGUUAAAGGGUGUUUCGCAGCCCGGCUUGAUCAAGGACUAGAUGAGAGUCUAGCUGAUGAAGACGUUAUUACACAUGAAGAAUUCUUUCCAACAAAACCAACAUCAACUUUCCAGUUUGAUCAUGGUUCGAAUGCUCCACUGGCUUCUACUUCAAAAAGAAAAUCAAAGGUCCAUGAAUGCUCCAUAUGUCAUCGUGUAUUUUCAUCGGGACAAGCUUUAGGUGGACAUAAAAGGUGUCACUGGAUCACUUCAAAUUCACCAGAUGCAUCUUCUUUGGCUAAGUUGCAUCAGUUCCAAGAUCACAUUGAGCAAAUUCAACAAAGACCCAAGUUUAUCAAGAAUACUGAGACGCUUGAUCUUACGCUUGAUCUGAAUCUUCCAGCUCCGGCAGCUGAUGAGCAAAACGGAGUCCGGCGGGAACUCCCUGCAAAACCACCUAACGCUGAAGUUUCUACAGAGAUUUAUUUACAAACUUGGAUAGGGGUUGAAGCAAAAGUAAAGGAUGAAAAUCACCACGACCACCACCAUCAAAACGAGGAUGACAACGACAAGAAUAACACCCCCACCAACAACAAUAACAUUAAUUGUAAUGGUUCAAUGCAGAAUGUUGAUGAAGAAGCAGACAGUAAGGUGAAGUUAGCAAAGCUCAGCGAAUUAAAAGAUAUGAACAUGAAUGGAAGCUCAUCUCCAUGGUUGCAGGUAGGGCUUGGUUCAGCCACUGAUGUCAACGUGGGUGCUAACCCAUAAAAUUUUUUUUUUUGAAGCGAUAUGAAGGUAUUCUCACUUUUCCUUUUUGUGCAUUUUUGUAUUUAAAAACUGUAAUUACAGACUCUACAGCUUCAUAAUUAUAUAUAAUUCUACACCAUUUACUGUAAUUUUUUUUGUGG